AUGUCCCUCCCUCCUUCCCUUCCUUCUCCUUCUCCUCCUCCUCCCCUCACGACCCUCGACGACCCUCUUCUCUCGCCCUCCAUGACCCGCGGCCGCAGAAAAGACCUCACCAUCCCCCCCUCCCGCGCACUCCUCCAGCAGCGCGACUACCGUGCUCGAAAAGCCCGCUACCUCGCCGACCUCGAAGAGCGCGUCCGCCUCACAGAGGAGGAGAAUGCCCGUCUCAAGGACGAGGUCGACCUCCUCACCGCAAAACUCCACGCCGCAGGCCAGUCCGUCACCCAGCGAAACAGCCCCAGCCCUGAAGUAGUACGCCUCCUUGCCACUCCCGGCGUCACGCUCACUAAUCUUCGCCCCCUUCUCCGCAAACAGGCCGCAGCCACUUCAGACCUCAUGCACCACCUCUCCUCCGCCGCAGCCUCCAUCGCUCGCUUCCAGCAGGUCGCCCUCCAUCCACCUCCCGAACCGUCCUCCAGCAUGCUCCAGCUCCCGCCCAUCCACAAUCACAUCCCCACCUCCCUCGCCACCCCCUCCUUCACCCCCUCGCCCCUCCCACAACCACAUCGCCGACUCCCCUCCCCCCGCGGCUCCAGCAGGAUCGAGCUCCCACCCCUCCACUCCCUCCACCGCGACCUCUUCCGUCCAGACCACCCUGGACACCCAUACGGCCACCCGCCCCGCCACACAAAGCCCAUUGACCCGGGUCCCCCGCCAAGCUCUUAUUCAGAGUCCGAGUGCUGUGGCGGCUACCUCGACUGCAACGACCUCGUCGACGACAAGGACGACGGUCUGUCGGGCGACGACGACCCCCGCGACCCCCGCGACCCCCGCUCCCGCCUCGCGCAGCGCAUGUCCGACCUCCGUUCUACCACCUCCUCGUCAGGUCCGGAGGACGGCCCCAGCACCAGAAUGUCCCGUUGA